AUGCUCUGGGCGCUCUGGCCCAGGUGGCUGACAGGCAAGGAGCUGCCUCUCGUGGGUGCGGUGUUGCUGCAGAAGAGACAGAAGAGGGAACCUCAGUGGAGGCGGUGGCGGCGGGAGACCCACCCAUACUAUGACCUCCAGGUGAAGGUGCUGAGGGCCAGAAAUAUCCGGGGCGCAGAUCUGUUGUCCAAAGCAGACUGCUACGUGCAGCUGUGGCUGCACACAGCGUCCCCCAGCCCGGCCCAGACAAGGGUGGUAGCCAACUGCCAUGACCCUGAAUGGAACGAAACCUUCCACUACCGGGUCCACGGUGCCGUGAAGAACGUCCUGGAGCUCACCCUCUACGACAAGGACGUCCUGGACAGCGACCAGCUCUCCCUGCUGCUGUUUGACCUGAGGAGCCUCAAGCCCCACCAACCGCACAGACACACCUUCCCACUCAGCCACCAGGAUUCACAAGAGCUGCAGGUGGAAUUUGUUUUGGAGGACAGCCAGGUGCCGGCGUCUGAAGUCAUCACCAAUGGGGUCCUGGUGGCUCAACCAUGUCUGAGAAUCCAGGGCACCCUCAGGGGAGAUGGGACAGCCCCACAUCAAGAGUAUGGCUCCAGGCAGAUUCGGCUGGCAGUGCCUGGGGCCUACGAGAAGCCCCAGCUCUUGCCCCUGCAGCCUCCCCUGGAGGCAGGCCUCCCAGCCACGUUUACCUUCCACGUGAACCCGGUGCUCAGUUCCAGGCUGGAGGUGGAGCUGGGAGAGAAGCUCACGGUCCUGCAGAGCAGCCCAAGUGCUGAGCUGGAGGUCCAGACCAGCAAGCUGGGCGAGGCGGGCAUCCUUCUCUCCUCUCUGGCCCUAGGUCGGGAGCAGCAGCAUGUCGUGGCCCUGGGGGAGGGCCAGGAGGUGGCCAUGAGUGUGAAGGCAGAAGUGAGCUCUGGGGACCUGGACCUGCGUCUUGGCUUUGACCUCUGUGACGGGGAACAGGAGUUUCUGGAUAAGAGGAAGCACGUCGUGUCCAAGGCCCUACAGCAGGUGCUGGGAUUGAGCCAGGCUCCCGACAGUAACCAGGUGCCUGUGGUGGCCGUGCUGGGUUCGGGAGGUGGAACCCGAGCCAUGUCUUCCCUCUACGGCAGCCUGGCCGGGCUACAGGAGCUCGGCGUCCUGGACGCUGUGACCUAUCUGAGUGGAGUCUCUGGGUCCACCUGGUGCAUCUCCACGCUCUACAAGGACCCAGGCUGGUCGCAGGUGGCCUUGAAGGGCCCUAUUGAGCGCGCCCAGGCGCGGGUCUGCAGCAGUAAGAUGGGGGCAAUGUCCAGGGAACGCCUGAAGUACUAUGCCCAGGAGCUGGGGAUGCGGGAAAGCAGGGGCCACAGCGCUUCCCUCGUCGACCUCUGGGGGCUUCUCAUUGAAUAUUUCCUAUACCAGGGGGAAAAUCCUGCCAAGCUGUCUGACCAGCAGGAGGCGGUCAGCCAGGGCCAGAACCCUUACCCCAUCUACGCCAGUGUCAACGUCUGCAGCAACAUCAGUGGGAAAGACUUUGCAGAGUGGUGCGAGUUCACCCCCCAUGAGGUCGGCUUACCCAAGUAUGGCGCUUAUGUUCCCACUGAGCUCUUUAGCUCAGAGUUCUUCAUGGGGCGACUGCUGCAGCUCCGCCCCGAGCCCCGGAUUUGCUACCUGCAGGGUAUAUGGGGCAGCGCGUUUGCAGCCAGCCUGGAUGAGAUCUUCCUGAAGACCACCGGCUCAGGUCUUGGCUUCCUACAGAGGUGCAGAGGCAGUGUAAACAUCACAGACGACCACCAGAAGCUCCAGCUGCACGACCCAGCGAGGCUGCAAACCAGGCUCUUCACCCCGCAAGGGCCCUUCUCCCAGGCUGUGCUGGACAUAUUCACCUACCGCUUUACCUCAGCCCCGAACUCGAACUUCACCCAGGGCCUCUGCCUGCACAAGGACUAUGUGUCUGGCAGGGAGUUUUUGGCCUGGAAAGGUUCGCACCCGGAUGCCUUCCCCAACCAGCUCACUCCCAUGCGGGACUGUCUGUACCUGGUGGAUGGAGGCUUUGCCAUCAACUCUCCGUUCCCGCUGAGCCUGCAGCCGCAGAGAGCCGUGGACCUCAUUCUGUCCUUCGACUACUCCCUGGAUGCCCCUUUUGAGGUCUUACAGAUGACACGGAAGUACUGCCUGGACCGAGGCAUCUCCUUCCCCAGCACUGAGGUGCCCCCUGAGGACGUGAAGGAGCCCCGUGAAUGCUACCUGUUUGCCAAGGCCGAGGACCUGCGCUCACCCAUCGUGCUGCACUUCCCCCUGGUCAACCGUACCUUCCGCACACACCUGGCCCCAGGUGUGGAACGACAAACGGAUGAGGAGAAAGCCUGUGGCGACUUUGUCAUCAAUGGGCCAGACACCCCCUAUGGCAUGAUGAACUUCACCUACCAGCCCCAGGAGUUUGAGCGGCUGGUGGCGCUGAGUCGAUACAACGUUCUGAACAACGUGGAGACUGUGCGGCAGGCCCUCCGGCUGGCUCUGGGCCAGCGACAGGCUGGGGACAGGGCUGGAGGCUGA